GAUGGCAUCAACCUCGCGAGCGGGACACUCCAACCUCCAGUCCUUCAUCAACUCUACGACGCCCUCUGUACCGACUCACACCCUUCCGAAGUGCCGACGCUCAUGGUUUUGCAGAUCAACAUCGAAAGGAUAUAAUUUUUACAAGUCCUUUCUUUGUCCCUUUUUUAACUAUUCUUUUUUGAUUUAUACUUGUAUUUCUUCCUGGUGCAUCUCUGCUUGAUUUAUUUAUUUAUUUAUUUUUGGGUAUCCGUGUUUUGGAAUGGAUUCGAAGUAUGAUGAUUGAUGGUUGGAUUUGGAAAUGGUUUAUUUGGCACUUUGUUCGGUUUUUUGGAGUAAUGUCGAAAUCACACUUUCAUUCGAGGUUCCUUUUAUUCUGCAUGGAGACCAACAUCGUUAGAAUCUUUGAAGAUUUUUUCUUUUUUUUUUGUUUAGCAUUGUUGGAAACUAGAAUAGAUGCUUAUAUAUGAAUAGUUGUCAAUCCGGUUUCUUAUUUGUUCUAUUGGAUUUUCUUUCGGCAUCAGAGUCUCCCAUGAUAAAGAAGAAGGCACUUUCUCUUGUGAUCUGGAUCUUUUUCCCUGUUUAUGCGAUUAGUUGAAUUUUUUUUUGUUUUCGUUUUCUGGAAAUUUUGUUUCAAAAUCCAUCCUUUUCCUUACAGAAUGAUGUUUUUUUUUUCUUUUUCUUUUUAAUUUUUUAGCUUGAAUGUUUGAAAAGUAAUCCUUAUAAGGAGAAAAAAAAACUAUAUAUGUUGUUACUGCAGUGGUCCUUCCAAGACUGGGACAGCCUUUGGCUCCCGGGAGGAAGGGACAUGGUUGAAUUUUUCAACCUCAGAGACCUCUGGAACCAGUACGCUGAGUGGAGUGCCUAUGGUGCCGGUGCUGAGGUCCUCCUCCAUGAUGCAGACAGUGCGGACCAGUACUACGUGCCAUAUCUAUCAGCCAUCCAGAUAUAUACGAACAAAUCCCGUGCUUCCUCAAGGAAUGGGGUGAACAAUUGCUGGAGUAAUGGGAGUGCAUAUAGGAAGCUAGUUAAUCCCAGAGGUUCUGCUGUUCGGGAGGAUACAGGCUUCGAUCACGAAGGUAUCCGACAAGCCCAAGAGCAGUUUGGGUACCUUUACUGCCAAUUUAUUGAGAACAGCUCUCCUUAUGAGAGGCCUCCCCUCUUGGAAAAGGUCCGGGAAUUAGCCAACAUCUAUCCGGGCCUGAUGUCGUUCAAGAGUGCAGAGCUUUCACCAGCUAGCUGGAUGUCGGUUGCCUGGUAUCCUAUUUAUCACAUCCCUUCCAGGCGUAAUGUAAAGGACCUGUCCGCAUGCUUCCUGACAUACGUCAGUCUCACUCCAUCAUGUCAAGAUCCCAUGCAGGGAACCACAUCAAAACGUGUGUCUUACACUAGAGAUGGGAAGAGUAGAAGCAACUCUGAGGAGAAGAGCAACUGCAUUGGUCUUUACCCUUUCGGCCUCGCGACUUACAGAGCACGGGGUAAACUUUGGACAAAUCCUGAAACUGGAGAUAAUGAAAGAGUAGUCUCCCUCUAUAAUGCUGCAGACUCAUGGCUGAGGCAGCUUAAGAUUGUCCACAAUGACUUCAACUUCUUCACCAGUCACUGAACCCCAAUGUGCAUAUCAGGCACCAUUCUAGUUCUCGAAGAACUUUCUGACCGGCCCUGCCCCAUGAUAUCGCCAUGCUGGAGAUCAGAUUGAUCAGUGAAUGCCGAUAACUCUGAUUCCAUCGCUUUUGUAGAUGUUAGUGAAGAAGAAGGGUUUUGGAGCCCUUCCAGUUUUCUUUGGCAACAGAGUGAUUGACGACGAGCAGAACUGAAAGAUCUCAGGGCUUGGUUCUCUUUUUGACAGUUUUUGUCUCUGGAGGUGGUAGUUCUGAAACAGGUGGAUACGGGGUACUUCUGACUCCGCCGCUUAUAUUUUCUUGGAGAGUUUUGGUAAUGGAGAGAACAUCUCCUAUCGGUCCUGGACUGUUACGUAUAACCUCUUGGGUUGGUAAAUUCAAGGAAAAGCUCUUGCCCGUUUCUCAAAUUUAUGGCUAUAUGGACGUGCUUUGGUAUUGUCAUGCUGAGAAACCGCACUGCUGGUCGAAAGAAGUCACCGGAGUCGCUUCUUCUGGCUUUGGUAGUCCUCGUGGCUCAAAGGGCUGUUGGGAGCUUAAGAGAGGCCGAACUGUUUGUGCAGGGUAUUGUUAUAUGAGGAAGUGCGUGGAAACAUUGUAACAUCGUUCUCCAAUUUAAUGAAAAAUUUCUUGAAUUAUUCUUGAUUUUUGUCUUGUGUAAUUAUACUCUCUGUUAUUCUUGAUACAUAAACUAGCUAAGCUAAGAACUUUGUAAUUAGCUAGCAUGGAUCUUAUGAUGUAAAUAUGAAUAAAUCAUGACUGAUUAAUGAAACUCAUGGAUUACAAUUUGA